UCUGUGGAGAGUAACAACAUGGCUCCCUGAGGGAAGGCGCUGAGUGCGCAGGCGCCAAGGCCGCUCCUGCUCUCGGGGCGCCGUCAAGCCUUCCUCUCCGGCAUGAGCCAAAGCAACGCCGCCGUCUUGGCCCCGCCGGGCCCGGCUUCCCGCGCCCUCCAUGUGGAGCUCCCUUCCCAGCAGCGGCGUCUUCGUCACUUGCGGAACAUUGCAGCACGGAACAUUGUUAAUAGGAAUGGCUUUUGCCUCUUGGAUACCUACUUCACCCUUCAUUUGUGCGAUACUGCAAAAAUAUGUAAAGAAUUCUAUAAAAGUGAAGUGAUCAAGAAUUCUCUGAACCCAACAUGGAGAAGUCUUGACUUUGGUUUAAUACCUGAUCGUCUUGAUACAUCUGUGUCCUGUUUUGUGGUGAAGAUAUGGGGUGGCAAGAAUGACACCUACCAGCUAUUGAUUGAAUGGAAGGUCAAUCUAGAUGGACUGAAAUACGUGGGCCAGCAGAUCCGUGCUCGUAGCCCUAAUGAAAUAAUUUUUGGGCUGAAUGAUGGUUAUUAUGGAGCCUCGUAUGAACAGAAGGGCCACUCAGGAACACAGAAGAAUAAUCUUCUCCAAGUGGAUCAGAAUUGUGUUCGCAACUCCUAUGAUGUCUUUUCCCUGCUUAGGCUCCACCGGGCCCAAUGUGCAAUCAAACAGACUCAGGUAACCGUUCAGAAAAUAGGAAGAGAAAUCGAAGAGAAGCUGAGGCUUACGUCUACAAGCAAUGAGCUGAAAAAAGAGAGUGAGUGUUUACAGUUGAAGAUUUUGGUGCUUCGAAAUGAGCUGGAGAGGCAGAAAAAAGCCCUGGGCCGAGAGGUGGCCUUAUUACAUAAGGAACAAAGUACACUAUUUGACAGAGGAAAUGUGUUUGAGGAGGAAUAUCGGCAGCUCAUGCUGGACAAAGAACCCCUUCAAGAGUUGAGGAAAGAAUGCACUGCUAGGAGAGAGCAGUUCUUGAAGACGAAUGCACAACUGACCAUCAGAUGCAGGCAAUUACUUUCAGAGCUUUCCUAUAUUUACCCUAUUGAUACAAAUGAUCAAAAGGAUUAUUUUAUUUGUGGAGUCAAGUUGCCCAAUUCUGAAGACUUUCAAGCAAAAGAUGAUGGCAGCAUCGCAGUCGCGCUGGGUUACACUGCUCACUUGGUCUCCAUGAUUUCCUUCUUCUUGCAAGUGCCACUCAGGUAUCCCAUAAUUCACAAGGGCUCCAGAUCUGCAAUCAAAGAUAAUAUUAAUGACAAGCUGACAGAGAAAGAAAGAGAGUUCCCGUUAUAUCCAAAAGGAGGAGAGAAACUACAGUUCGAUUAUGGCGUCUACCUUCUCAACAAAAACAUUGCACAGCUUAGAUACCAACACGGGCUGGGAACGCCGGAUUUAAGGCAAACGCUCCCCAAUCUGAAAAACUUCCUCGAACAUGGCCUCAUGGUCAGAUGUGAUCGACACCACAUUUCCAGCGCCAUUCCAGUUCCAAAGAGACAAAGUUCUACCUUCGGGGGCCUGGAUGUGGGCUUCUCCAGCAGCCAUCCUUCCCCAGACAAAAGCCUCCGGAAACGAGCCAACUCGGAGAACGAGAGACUGCAGUACAAGACUCCCCCUCCGAGUUACAACUCCGCUUUGACCCAGCCCAUUGCCAUCGUAGGAGACGCUGAGAAGAAGGUCGGAUCUUUACCCUCCUCAUUAGAUACCUCCCUUGACUUCUCGAAGGAAAGCAAAAAGGGGGAUCUGUGUAACAGUUUAAACGGGGGAAAUGGGAGCCCGAAGCUUUCCCGAGAUCAGCAGGAAUCCCUCCUGGCCUCCUCUCGUGCAAUAAAUGGUGCUGCCUUGCCCAGCGAGCGUCCUCACGGCGCAACCCUUGAGCAAUCGUGCACCUUCCGCGGCCCCCUCGGGGCUGACCUCCUUUGCACGGUUGAGCAAGCGGAAGAGAUCAUGGGCAUGGAAGCCACUGGGUUUGGCACUGGAGACCAGCUGGAAGCCUUUAACUACAUCCCGGUGGACCACGCCGUGGCGGUGGAGUGUGACGACCAAGUCCUAGGGGAAUUUGAGGAGUUCUCCCGGAGGAUCUGUGCACUGAACAAGGAUGCCCCCACUUUCCGCAGGCCCCGGAAGGGUUCUGACAAAUGAGCUGUGGACACCGUGGUGGGAGUAAGGGUGGCACGUCGCAAAGGUGAAACUAUGUACCUGGAAGGAAGAUUCAAACUUGCACUUGAGGAAGGGUUGGGGAAGAACGCUUGCUAUGGUUUUGGGAAGUUGGAUUUGAUUAAACACAAUCAUGAUAUAUCCACUCUGCAGGUAAACAAUUAGUGCUUCCUAUCCUGGUUUUAUUUUCCAAAUUCUCUGGUAGUUGCAUCGGGCCAUUUUGUGUAUUGUCUGCUUUGGUUUUAUUGUUUUGAUUCCUUUCAAACUUCCAGAGGGGUGAGGGGAAGUUAUCGAAGUCCAACGUUUACCCUGAGGCAAGCAUGCACGUUAUCUUACCCUUCUCAGCCAUUCGCUGCAUUUGGCCAGAUCUUGCAACUCUUCCUGGCUCAGGAGCAUGCGCAAGCAGUUUUCUUCGUUUAGGAAACAAGUGGUAAACUUCGCAAGGAGACCCGUUGCUCUGAAAGCCCUGGCAAAAUCCUGUAUCUCCAUGCAGUUUUAGUUUCUCCAUUCCUACACCGCUCUUGUGUCCAGCAGUCACACCAAGGAAAUGAACGGAAAGAAUUCAUCCAGGAAAGAAUUCUUGCCUAAAUCCCCCAUGGCAUUUUAGGGGGUUGUGUAGCGAGGUAUGCCCAGUGAACUCUUCCCAUUGCAGCCAGAUAGAAAAUUUAUGCCACGGCAAUGCAGUCUUACCAUUGGGUAACCGACUCAUCUCCAGUUUAGGAAAAAAAUAUGAUUUGUCUUGACUGUCCAGACAUGCUAUGAAAGAUGCUGCUUUUCAACUUAUGGUAUCUUUUCCUCCCUUUUGGGAGACAGUUCAAGAAUACGAGUGGUGUGCCUCAUGGGAACACAAUGAAAUAGCCCCGAGGCACAUUGUGAUUAUGAUUACUCUUACUACUAUUUUAUGCCUUCCAUGUUGGGACGAUUUAUGGAGAUGCAAACCAAACCUCUUGUAUCUGGUGUCAGCCACACUCAAAUUGACACCUUGUUGGGUUGACUAUUUUUUAAAAUCAGCCAAACCAUCCAUUCAGUUGUCUUCAAACACUGAUCCGUGGGACAAGUCUGACUCUAGAUGAGGUAGUUUACCACUGGCGCACGAGUUUCCAACUGCACUAACGUAACGAGUGGAUUUUGUGGUCUGCUUGAGAUUCCUGACGAUAUGCAUUUUGGAGUUCGGAUGCGUCUGGCUCUUGCUUUCUACCUUGUAUUACCGAAAGUCUGGGCUCAGUGGUGAGCUCAUAAAUACAAAUAUAUAAAUAUAUAUAUAUAAAUACAAAAUAUAUAAAUAUGUAUUACAGAAUAAAAAUUUAAUUUACUUCA